AUGGCCACUGAGCGUGUAAGAGCUUCCGUCCUCCACGGCGAGAAGGAUCUCCGUAUUCAAGAGCGAGAGCUUCCCCAGCCUGCCAGCAACGAAGUCCAGGUCGCCGUCCAGUCCACUGGCCUUUGUGGCUCCGAUCUUCACUACUACAACCACUUCCGCAAUGGCGACAUCAUCGUCCGUGAGCCCUUGACCCUCGGCCAUGAGUCCGCUGGUACCGUUGUCGCUGUUGGCUCAGACGUCACCAACCUCGUCCCCGGAGACCGCGUCGCUCUCGAGGUUGGUCUGCCUUGUGAGGCCUGUGAGCUCUGCGGCGAGGGCCGUUACAACAUUUGCCGUGGCAUGAAGUUCCGCAGCUCAGCCAAGGCGAACCCUCAUGCCCAGGGAACUCUCCAAGAGAAGAUCAACCACCCUGCCAAGUGGUGUCACAAGCUGCGCGAAAAUGUCUCCCUCGAUCUCGGCGCUCUCGUUGAGCCUCUCUCUGUCGCCAUGCACGCCCGAGACCGCGCCGCUCUCCCCAAGGGCUCAACUGUCCUAGUUCUCGGUGCGGGUGCCGUCGGUCUCCUCGCGGCCGCCGUCGCCAAGGCUGACCAGGCCAAGACCGUCAUUAUCGCAGAUAUUCUGAAGGAUCGAGUUGACUUUGCUACCUCCAACGGCUUUGCUGAUGCUUCCGUCGUUGUCCCCAUGGAGCGCCCCCAGACUAUUGAGGACAAGCUUGCCUAUGCCCAGAAGGUGGCCGCUAUGGUCAGGGAGACUCAAGUCAAUGGAGAGGCUGUUGGAGAAGUUACAGCUGUCUACGAGUGCACUGGUGUCGAGACCUGUGUGCAGACCGCCAUCUAUGCCACCAAGCCUGGCGGCAAGGUCAUGAUCAUCGGCAUGGGCACCCCCAUUCUCACCCUCCCCAUGUCCGCCGCCUCCCUCCGCGAAGUCGACCUCAUCGGCGUCUUCCGCUACGCAAACACCUACCGCCAGAUCAUCGACCUCCUCAACAACCCACCCGCCGGUAUGCCCGACAUCAGCUGCCUCGUGACCCAGCGCUACAAGGGCCUAGACCGCAUCGAGGAGGCCUUUAAGAUGGCGGGCAAGAUCAAGGACGAGAGCGGUAACCUUGUGAUAAAGGUGGUUGUGGAUACUUCAAGCAACGGGGACUCUCCCCGGCUGUAG